GGGGUUCAAAUCCGAAUGGACGUCUUUGUCUCGAAUAGAAACCCGUUUCCCUCCCAGAGCCCCCUGGGCUCCACCCCACAGUCUCAAACACGCCCCCCUAUUACUGCCCCCCUUUCUCCCCUCCCAUUUCCUUCCCCCUGUCCCGUGUUGGAAUUUGCUCCCCCUCCCUUUCCAUCCUGCAUCCCAUCAGAGGACAAGCAACUUGGAAGAGGUCUAGGUGUCUGGGAGGCGGGCUCCCGCCCCAAAUCCGCACUCCCGCCCCAAAGUCUCCUGCCCCGAGACCAAGAAUGGGCUUUGCUGAAAAAAUGGGAAAGGAACUCUGUCAUGAGUGGCAAAAAGGCAAGGAAUGAGGACACAUCCACCAUGGGGGUCAGCCGCGGCUGCUUGCUGUGCGUUAAAGUGAAGAUGUUCGUCUUCAACCUCAUCUUCUGGCUCGGCGGCUGUGGGGUGCUCGGUGUGGGUGUAUGGCUGGCUGUGACCCAGGGCCGCUUCGCCACCUUGUCGUUCUCGUUCCCGUCUCUGUCGGCAGCGGGCCUUUUCAUGGCGACUGGAGCCAUCAUCAUGGUUGUGGGCUUCCUCGGAUGCUUGGGGGCGGCCACAGAGCACCGCUGCCUCCUACUGACGUUCUUCCUGGUCCUCUCCACCCUCUUCCUCCUGGAGCUGGUUGGGUUGCUGGUUUUUGUCACCUGCAGGGACAAGUUUGAUAGAUAUGCCCAGUCCAAUCUGAAGGAAGGACUUCAGCUGUAUGAGACAGAGGGAAAUGUGGGUUUAACCAGAGCAUGGGACGUUGUGCAGAAUGAGUUUCGUUGUUGUGGGGUGCAGAACUACACAGACUGGUUUGAGGUCCGCAACAGAACGUGGGUUCCCGAGUCCUGCUGUUUGCAGCAAAGUGACACCUGCCAAGUGGACAGCGCCAGCUGGUGGAAGGAGCCCUGUUACGAGAAGGUGAAACGCUGGCUAGGAGAGAACAUCUCAGCCAUGGGCAUCUUUGCUGCUUGCAUCAUUGUUGUCCAGGUCUUGGGCAUCGUUUUCUCCAUGCUGAUGUACUGCCAGGUGCGGCGGGCGGAGAAAUACUAUGACUGAGCCCCAUCCAAGUACAUUCUUCAUUCCUCCAUCUUGGUGGCUCAGAAGCAGCACCGAGGGGAUUCCUAGCUCCUUUAGGGCACCCACUCUCCCUUGCUUUCUCCCCCUUUCGCUUUCUUCCUUAUUUGAGAGCCUUAGGCCUUUUGCUAAAGACCAUUCCUGCCAUUUGGCUCAUGCCAUAUCUGCUGGGAGAUGAAGAUACCCACCCCCUUCCCUUUGAAGGACCUCGUUUUUUGCUAAAUCUUUUAUUGUGCAUACCUCUUUUCAGGCCUAGAGUGGGAUUAUAUUUCCUCUCAUCUUAGCCCCACCCCACCCCUAUAUUUUACAUCGUGACCCUGACACCCACCCACCCUUUGCCCUUCAGUCUUGUUGCUUUUGUAUAUAACAGAACUAUACCAAGCACCAAUAAAGCAGUUAACCCCUUUCA